CUGCCACUCUCUCUGUCACCAACCCCACCAGCUCGUCACCACCUCCCAGUUAGAGGAAGUUCACUCCACUUCACUGUUCUCUCUGUCAGAUCCUGCAGCAGCACGUUGAACACUGAGCCAGUGUGUCGGAAAUUAAACGCCUCAGGGAACCUUUCGGGUAUUGCUGGAAAGAGGAACUUUUCUGGCAGGGAAAAGACACCAGGCCGUGGCCCCACCAUGCAUGUGAGACAUGACCAACAAGGCAGCCUGGGAUAGCUCGAGCAGCCCCCCGAGCAGCAUGGAGCCUAUAGGCAGCUGCGCCCCCUUGGCCUCAGAGUCGGACAUCUACCGCAGUGUCCAGGCCGUGCUCAGGGAGCUGGAGAGCCAACACCCCUCCUCUGUGCUCAAUAAAGGGAUGCUAAGAUGGACGCUGCACAAGAAGGUUCAGAACAAUCCUGCCAACAGUCUCAUUCUAGUGAGAGUCAUCGUCAAGGAGCUGGAAAGGGCUGAGAGGGUAGACUGUCGGACACACAUCAUCCCCCUGCUCCACACACUCAUCUAUGCUGUCAUCCAGUCAGCCUAUGUUCCUGACGACCUGUACAAGCGGGUGUACGACUUCUGUAAGAGGCUGCUUACCCUCCCCCAGCCCUACUGUACUGUAGGCCUCAGCUACACCAGACGCAUGAAGACAGAACGCUACACACCAGGAGUGCUGUAUCAGAGGAUGGUGGUCGCAGAGCAGAGCCUGAAGAAUGACUACCAUCCCUUUCAGGAGAGGGUGUUUGUGUUCGCCGAUCCGGCGGUCUUCUCCGGCCCCCACGGUGAGGCGCUGAGGGGGGACAUCGAGGCCUCGGGGUCAGGGGGGUAUCUGAAUCCCCUUGACCACAUGCGGACCGUGGUCCAACACUCCAUCCAGGCUGCUCUCGGAGGGGAGCUGUGUCACAGUCCUAAACUGGCACAGGCACUGAAGGAAAUUGGCCAGGACGUGGAGCCGUACUUCCAGGAAGUGGUGGCCAGUCUGGAGCAGAGUGUGGAGGAGGGCAGUAAGGGGGAAGGGGUGGUGCUGAGGGGGAGACUGGGACAACUCUACAGAGAGAUCCUCACCCAUACUGACACAUCAGACACAUUGUCCUCCGGUGGUGGGGGAUGCCUGUGUGACAUGCCGCUUCCCAAUCCGGAGAUGAGCUUCCACCUGUGGAGGGAGGAUGAGGAGAUCUGGCGCGAGCUGGCCAAGUGUGUGCGCUCCAGCUCCAUGUCGUCUGAACACUUCUGCCUCAGCCAGGACCAAGAGACCGACUUUGACCUCGCCGACCUCCCUGCCGACCUCACUUCCUCCUCCGCCAUGCCCCGCCACUCCGUGAUGUCCAACGACAGCGGCAUCGAGAGGGACCUUCCCCCUGGGGUUGAGCCUUCAGUGGUGGAACCCUCUGGUGGUUCGGAGGAGGGGGAGGCCAGGUUAACCCGACGAGGAGGCAUCAAGAUGAGGCCGUCAGUCACGGACAAUAUGGCCCUGAUGCAGGACGCUCUGGAGGAGAGCGGGGGUGUGGCCGGGGGAGGGGGGGGGGCACUUCAUAGGAAGGCGGGGUGCAGCGGGACCCCCUCAUUCUCCAAGCAGCAGAGGCACUUCACGGCCCGGAUCGUGGUGAUGGGGGACGACAGGGUGCUGGGGAAGCUGGCUAAGGCCUUCUACUUUCUCCGGAAAAGGGAAGCGCGUCGUCUCUUUCUGACCAUGAAAGUCAACUUCCAGUUUUACUACAUCCCUGUCUGUGAGGAUCCCAGUCCCACCUGUCCUGUCAGAGAAAACCUCUCCCCAACCCGGGAAAACCCCUGUGCCCUGGGUUCCUACUUGGGAAUGGUGGAUCCAUGGUACGACUGCAACAUCAACAGUCUGGGUUCCAUGAUCCCCAAGCUGGCCAAAAUGCAGUCCAACAGCAGCAAGCAGGCAGAGCCUAACCCCUUCCUGUCUGAUGUCAUUUCCUACUAUGUGCGGACCGGACUGCAGCCUGUUUACUUCACCAUCUAUUCUGUCAAGAUCUGCUUCCCCAACCUGACCAAGGACCCAGUGGAGGACGUGUUUCUCUCCCACUUAGAGCUGGACUUCCCCGAGUUCAAACAGUCCCCAACUACUUUGAAAGCCACGACCAUCAAGCAGAAGAAGAACACAGGAGACGUAUGUGGUGCCGUCGUCUCUGUCAACUACAAAAAGGUGUCGUUGAGUGGUAGAGACGUAGACAAGGGUAUGUCAGUGAGGACUUCAGGUGUUCAGAUUAGUGCCAUUUCCUCCAAUGAAACUGAAGAUCUGAACUGUCUUACAGUAGCUUUCAACGAAACUAAACCCAAGAACACCAUGGAGGCCAAGAUCCGUACCUGUAACAUUAAGAUCAGGACCCUGGAGAUGAAAACCUUCACUGUGACCCUGGACAAAGACUCUAGGAGGACCUUCCGAGACGUACAGAGCAUAGAGAUCGCCCCCUGUCUUGAUCCUGGAUACUGUGUCCAGAAGACCAUGCGGUCCAAGUUCAGUUUGGGGGAAGAGGAGAGGGACGCUGGCCUCAGCAAGUACAUGAACAAAGGACUUCCUCUACCAAUCAAUACCUUCGCUGGUAUCAUCAACUGACUGAUCCCACAACCAUCUGGAUGGACUCUACUGUAGAGAGGCUGAAAUGUUGAGACCAUCCACAUUGUAUGACGAUCAGGGAUGUGCCCAGCACUCACAACAGUGCCUCAGUGUGCAAUGAGGGGAUGUGGAAAGAGAACAUGGGUGGCAGCUAAGGGUAACCCGCGGUUAUUUACCUGGUGUAACCUUGACAAGAAAACUAGUUGAGUUUGACAAGUGUUAGAUUUGUCAACAAACAAAUUAAUUUGCCAUGGGUAUUGGAUCACGUUCCAGUUUCUGCUUGUGACAGUUUUAUCAUAUACUGUUCCCAUAGGCAUAUAUCUGACUGACGGCAUAGUCAAAGAACAAUAUUGCCUCUAAAAUUGACAAUUUUAUGAGCGUGUAUGAGGCAUGAGAGUGAAGCUGAGGUGGUAUUAGCUCCUAUAUAGGCUUUAGCUCAGAGGACUAACAUAAAUGUGACAACCUGGGUUCAAAAUCUGGUCCGUCAGAAGAGUAGCCCACCCUCCCAAUCAUCUAACCUAAGGGAUGAUUCAUCCAUCCCUUGACGUGAGAGUUGGGGCAAAUUCCAUUUAAAUUCAGUAAAGUUACAGAGUAAAUUGAAAUUCCCAUAGGGAUUGACUGAAUUUAAAUGGAGUUGACCCCAACCCUGCUUGCCAUGUAAACACACUACCUGCUGCUCUUUGAGUUCUGACACUGAAUCACCCUAGCAAGGUCAUUUUCAUUACUAAGCUUGGCAGAAGAACAACUUAAAAGAUAGUUUGAUGUCUUGGUGAGCUAACAACAGAAGCUCGUUGAAGCAGUCACUUCAAUUUAUUAGCCAGUUCUUUAAAAAAACAGGUUCCAUUUAAAGGUGCAUAUGGCUCUCUGAGCUCAUCUAAGUUCUUGCGAGUUAGCAAUAAAGGUUUGAAUGCACUGUGCACAAGCCUUCAGUAAAAACAUGACACAAAAGAACAAGCACCUAUUUUAAGAUCCCUAGGGUUAAUUAUCUGGUGGCUUACUGCUUAUGACUUUGUUCUGUAUGCUAUACUAACAAGUGGUGCAAACCCCAGUGUGGUUGACUAUGACCAUGCUAGGAGGCCUAUUAUGCUAAAAAUGAAAGUUAAACUCUGAGCCCUUUGCUUGUUUCAAACAAAUUUAUCACGCCUAACUUGAAGGUGAUGGAACACAGUCACUGCUGUAAGGUAGUGGCUGGUUUACAAUAAAUCAUGAGGUGAUGGGGACCAGUUAUCAUAUAUGCACCCAUAAAAAGUAUGUAGAUGACAUACAGACAGAGAGAGAAAGACACUGACUGACUGAAUGACUGAGAGGCCACAUCUAUAAAAGCCACUGUCGUAAUACCAUUGAAAGAAACGAGGGUCUUAAAGAGUUCUGAUCUGGUAUGUUUGUAAUGCAUCAUCAAUCACCAAUAGACCUUUUUGCACACUUGUCAAUUUUUUUUAAAUGUUAUGUAUGUAAGACUAAUCAUUGGAGUAUGGUAUCAUUGCAAUUACUUGUUUAAUAGUAGUGUAAAUACUAAUGUAUUUUAUAUAAUUACUGUAUAUUUGAUAUAAAAAGAGAUGUUUGACUUUUUCUGAAA